UAAGACGUGUUCAACUCUAGACGUCAUCGCAUCAAUGUAUAACUGCCAAAAAUAUACUGCAUCGAGUUGCAACUCCUCUGUUAUAUUUCUUGAAGAGAAAAGUUACGAUGGAAGUCUCUCAAUAGCAAAUAUUGUAAUAAGAUCUCACUGGAGUAACCGAAAUUAUUUGGAGAGGGCAUAAACCAACUAACAUUCAGACAAUAUCCAAGACGAACAUCAUUUCGGCAACCUUCGUCCAAUUUUGUUAAUGCAUGUAGUUUUACAACCAGACAACCAGACAACCAACCAACUAGCCUCGUUGCGCAGCCGCAAUUCGAAUUUGUGCUUUCGUACAAUUCGGUCAACACCGUUCGCGCUUGCUACCCACUCGCCCGCUCGCUGCUUUGUAAAUAUAAUACAAUAAAAAACCAACUUGUGAUAGUUAAACAACAUAAAUAUACCACAAGAUUACAUAUUGUUCGCAAAUAAGGAAAGUAAAAGUGUUUUACUUAACAUAAGUGUGUGUGUGUGUGUGUGUGUUCAUAUCUACUAUGCAGAGGCCUAAAGUUACGAAACAGUUGUAGAAAGAUUUCAUAAUACAAGUAUGACGGUCAUAAAAAGGAAAGCAAAAGAGAAUAUGGAAAUAACCGUAUUGAAAUUGCAUUGAAAUUCGUUUGAAACUGGCAGCUUGCAGUCUGCUAUUUCUUUGUGUGUGGUGUUUAUAAUAUUUGUUAACUCUUAUUACCAUCUCCAUUGUGCAUAGUUCUUCAGAGUGUUUUCGACGUUUUUGAGUGAAAUUCGAUAAGCUAAUAAAAGAAAAGCUUCCAAAUAAACGCUAAUUUGAAUGUGCCCCAAAUUAUAUGAAAGUGUCUAAAAUUUAUAUCAAUAACGAAAUGCGAGAGAAUCUUAGGCAAAAGAAGUAAUCCUUAAAAAAAAAACAAACAAGUGAAACAACAUUUAACAAUCAGUGAUAUAUUUCCAUUAAUAUGUAUGCCCCUUUGCUUCGUGAAGUAAAUAAGCCCUAUAUUGGUUGCUUUGUCGUGCUAUUAUUGAUAUUGGCACGGCUGUCCGAACACGAUGCUGCGAUCAGAAAUGUCGAACCGUUGAAAAAUUUGAAUACUACAUCGGCAACGAUGAUUACCAAUCAAAGCAGCCAAAAUUACCAAGUGUCCGGACAGCACUACGGUGAAAUGAACACUAGCAAGGCAGUGAAACCAUGGAGCCCACGAAACGCUGUGCGGCUCAAGAAUGUAUUGAACAUCUUCGACAUAACUCAUGUAGCUGAGCAAUGGAGCAGUGUUCAGCAAGCGAUUAACACAAAUUGCUCCAAGGAUAUGGAGCAAUAUUUCAGUGGUUUGAAUGCAGCAAAUAUUUGGGCGAUGAAAAUGGACGAUGCUUCCGGUCAUUACACAUCAGGAUUUUUUUAUGGAAAUAACUAUUGGCUGGGUUCAUUAGCGCUUUGUGAAUCUAUCUAUCACGAAGACUACGAUGAGGAAAGAAAAACUACCAACUCUGGUCUUCCAUUUGCCAAAGCGCAUACGCAGAUUUUUACAGGAGUCUACAAUGAAAAACCACCAUUUAUUCCCGGUUUCUUCGUUAUAAAGUUUUUCUUAAAUGAAACUUUUCCCACAUAUAUGACUAGAACCAUCUACGUUGGCGUUUGCUUACCAUCGAACUGUUCCGCCAAAGAUGUUGACACUCUAGCCGAAGUCACACAGCAACCGUCAGCAACACGAGUUGUGAAAAUAUUGGACGUCCGUACACCGAGCAAAAGGAAGUUUAACCUAUACGAUGACCGAACCUUUUGGGUUUUAGUUGUGUCUACAUCUUUGGUAUUUAUCCUUAUCUUUGCCGGAACGUUGUACGAAAUUUAUUUAACUCGACGAUUGAAAGCCGCCCUUCUUCGCCAAGACAAAGAAAUGAUGAAUAGCAGUGAGACGUCGUCUGGAAUAGGUUGUGCCUCUUCUGAUUAUAGCGAUUCUGUGGCACAUGGAUCGCUUAAGAAAGAGGCAAUAACACAAUCACUCAAGGAAAUGAAUAUGGUACUUAAUAUGCCACAUGAAAUAAGUGGGGUACCUGCAAGCACUUCAGAUGAACACCUAGAAGGUCACCUCCACGAACCAGAAAAACUAGGAGUAUACUCUGAACUGUUGCUAUCAUUUUCUGCCAUUACCAAUUUUAAUGCUAUUUGCGAUCGGAAUGUUGGAGCAGAUACAAUACCUUCCAUACAUGGACUUCGGGCUUUUUCAAUGGCAUGGGUCAUACUCGGACACACAUGCAUUGUCGUAUUCAAAUACUCUGAUAAUAUGGAAAUGCGUAAGGAGGUGGAGAAGAACUUUUUCUUUCAAGCUAUUACAAAUGGACCUUUCAGUGUGGAUACAUUCUUUUUUAUUAGUGGAUUAUUGGUUUCAUAUUUGUAUUUCCGAACGAAUGCCAAAGGAAAGCUAAAUAAACUCACAAAGGGUUCAAGUGAACUGACUGCUGGAAUCGCACACUUCUUUGGGCUUGUAGCCUAUCGUUUUAUGAGAUUGACGGCACCAUAUAUGUUCGUAUUAGGAGUCGUUCAAGUAACCAUGAAAUAUUUAGCUGCCUAUUCCAUAUUUGAUCCUCCGACACUGGACCAUGAGACUUGUCCACAAUAUUGGUGGCGUAAUUUGCUUUACAUCAAUACGCUGUUUCCAGUUGAUCAAAUGUGCAUGUUAUGGAGUUGGUAUCUGGCCAAUGACACUCAAUUUUAUAUGAUAGGAGCCAUCAUAUUAAUUAUUGGUGUAAGACAUUUCAAAAUAUCAGCAUUCACAACAUUAUUUUUCCUGGUUUCAUCCUGGAUCACUACGGCUAUAAUUGCUUUUACAAACAAUCAUAGACCUGAUACUGACGAUCCUCUAGCGCUUUUUGACAAAAUCUACGAUAAACCAUGGACACGUCUGGGUCCUUAUCUCAUUGGUAUGACGGUUGGUUGGAUAUUGUUCCGUACUAACUGCAAGAUUCGUUUGCCUCGUCUGGCGGUGGUGACGCUAUGGAUAUUGUCCAUGCUCAACUUAUUUGUACUUAUAUUCGGAUUAUACCGUGCGGAUUUAUCACAAUUCAUGGCAGCCGCAUACAGCUCACUUAGUCACUCAGCCUGGGCUUUAUCUUUGGCAUGGAUCAUUACUGCUUGUUCUACAGGCUAUGGCGGCUACAUAAAUACAUUACUUUCGGCCCCUUGCCUCUAUCCCUUCUCUCGAGUCACCUACUGUGCGUAUCUAGUGCAUCCCAUUGUCAUACGGUCUGUGGCGCUAAAUACUGAUGCGCCACUUCACCUUGGCGGUGAUAAUAUGGUCAUCAUGUUUUUCGGACUUGUUGUAGCCUCGUAUCUGUUGUCGUUCUUGGUGUCAAUGUCAUUCGAAGCACCUGUCGUUACAAUGCUGAAGAUAUUAUCUCCUAGUCGGAAGAAACGUAUUGCUUAGAUUAAGUAUUAUUAUAUGUAUAUGAAUAUUUGUUUUUUUUUGUUUUUUUUUUUUUUUUUGUAUAUAUGCAUUCAAUCACUUGUUUAACAUACUUAAAU